UACAAAACUAUUAUCCUGCACUCUUCGUUACCUCCUUCCCUCUCUAGCUAAACUUAAAACUCUCUUUAAUUGUGUACUGAAAAAGAUGGCUUCUCCUACGCUAUUGACUCCAACUUCGAAACCCAGAUCCCUGAUCAGUUCCAAAUUCGCGAGCACCACAAUCGCGGCUGCUGCUGUCACUCCCAACACUACCACUGCAAAAAUACUUAAACCAGCGGGUCGUCGCGAAUUCGUAGCGCUAAUCGCCGGAAUCAUCUCUCCUGCAUUGCUGUUCCCAGUGUCUCCAGCUUCGGCAGAUACGGAUGAAGAGUAUGUUAAGGAAACAGCUGAGGUAAUAAACAAGAUUAGAACAACAAUUAGCAUGGACAGGAAUGAUCCUAAUGUAGCAAAUGCAGUAACUGAUUUAAGAGAAACUUCAAACUCAUGGGUAGCCAAGUACAGAAGAGAAAAGUCUCUGUUAGGCCGAGUUUCUUUCCGGGAUAUGUACUCGGCGCUUAAUGCUGUAUCAGGACAUUAUGUUAGUUUUGGUCCCACUGCGCCGCUUCCAGCUAAACGUAAGGCCAGAAUCUUAGAAGAGAUGGAUUCAGUUGAGAAAUCUCUACAAAGGGGGAGGUAGAACAAGGUCUCGUUUCGCUCUCUCUUUAUACAGUUGAUUUUCAUUUUUGUGUAAUCAAUUAAGUUUGAGGAUACAGUUGAUUUUCAUUUGAAGGAUGAAGACGAGAGAAGUUUAUUAAGUUCAAUUUGAUUGUGUAGCUAUAUAUUAUCGGUAUAUGAAACAUCGGUGAUCAUGAGUGAAAUGUUGGAUAAUUAAUUUGUUGCAUUUUGGAUAUUGAUUCCACAGUUUAAGGAACAUUAUUAUAGUUAUGAAACGGAACUACUAAAGAUGACCUGAAUAUUUAACAGCAUAAUUCUCUUCCGGUCAGCUAAAAAGGCUUUUUAAUUUUAGAGUGAUGUAUAUUUUGUGUUUAAGAGUUAAACAGUUAGUACUUUCGCUCUUUUGCA